AUGCUGCAUACCUGUGUGCAUCGCAGGUAUUGCAUGACCUUCACACCUUUCACGGGGAAGGACAAUCACGGUAAACCCGUAACAUUUGCUGCUGGAUUGGUCUGCAACGAGAAAACAGGGGCCUUUGCCUGGUUGUUCAAACAUUUCGUCGAAUGCAUGGGUGUAGCCCCCAAAAUGAUUGUGACCGAUCAAGACUUGGGCAUGAGAUCAGCUAUUCAAGAGGUUCUUGUAGGAACUCGACACCGAUGGUGCAUGUGGCAUAUAAUGCACAAGUUGGCUUCCAAGGUUCCAGGCAGGUUGCUUAGGGACGAAGAUUUCAAGAAGGAAUUCAAUGCAUGCGUUUGGUCGGACUUGCUUGAACCCGACGAAUUUGAAGAGGAGUGGAAUGGAGUGAUUGAGCGUUAUGAGCUGGAAGACGUUGAUUGGUUGAACACAUUGUACGAGUAUAGACAGAUGUGGAUACCGACCUACUUCAGAGAUUUCCCACUCGGUUCGAUGAUUAGGACUACGUCCAUAUCAGAAUCUGAAAACAGUUUCUACAAAAAUUUUAUGAAGCCCCGAGCGAACCUUGCCGAAUUAUACUUGUAUUUCAACAAUGCACUGGACUUUCAGCGGAAUGCUAGAACAAAGCUGGACUACAACGAUGCUACUUCCGUGCCCAUACUGGCCACUAAGUUGGGUUUCGAGAAACAUGCUGCGACGAUUUACACAGACAGUAUGUUCAGGAAGAUACAAGAAGAAAUUGUUGAUGGGAAUGACAGAUGCCGUGUGCUUGGUUUUUCAUCAACAGAUACGAUUGACACCUACAAGCUUGGGGAUAGCCGACGGAAUUCGUAUUCCGUGACACACGACAAGACUGACGAAUCAUACUCGUGCGACUGCAAAUUGUUCGGUAGGCAGGGCUAUUUGUGUUGCCACAUUUUUUUUCUAUUCAGGAACAAUGAAGUGUCAAAAAUUCCAGAGAUGUACUGCAACAGCCGAUGGAUGAAGACUCCCUUAGCCAAGGCCGUACAUGGACUUGAUGUCACCGUAGAGACAAGGUCCACCGUAGAGACAAGGUCCACCGUUGAGGAUAGGCAGACUGUUACAAAUCAAGGAAUAUCGCUGUUCUACGGUUUUAUUCGACGUUUUGAGAGUGACAUUGAAGUGCUUCGUGGUUUCGUAAGUGGUUUGGAAGAACUUGGUAAUUCUCUUCAAGCUGGAACUCCUCCAACCUCGGCGUUUGAAAAGAGGCGCAUGAUUGAAGAAUUUUACGGAAUGCCAAGGCCUGAAGUUGUAGAGGUCCAUCCUCCGGAUGUUGUAAAGACGAAGGGUCAUGCUAGCAGCUCCGCGAGCCGACUGGUUUCAAAGAGAGAAAAGGCUAUAAAGGAGGCAACUAGGCCUCUUAGACGUUGUAAGGCGUGCGAUGAGUUGGGCCAUCACGACUCUAGAAACUGUCCAAUGCUUAAAGAGAUGGAGAAGGAGAAAGCGCUUAGUAAAGGCAAGAAGAAAGCUUGA